AAAAAGUGUCAUUUACUGUUUUGGAUGAAUUUGCAUAUCAGUCGAUCAAUCCAGUGUUUCUUUUUAGUUGAAAAUAAUAUAACAAAAGUCGUGCUUCUAACUUGUUUAGAUUUCCAUUUAAUGAAAAAGGAAAAUCAUGAAUUGGUCUAAAGUUCUAAUUUUAAUCUUCGUGGUUAUGUCUUUUACUAUUUCACUGCUUACAGAGGGUCAGAUAACUGAAUCGGAAAUACAAGCUGAGCUUUUCACCGAGAGUGCUGCAAAUGAAGGUCAAAGUAAUCUCAAAGGGCUUGAUCCAAGAAAAAACGUGGCCAAUGAUUUUGAUGAUCCAAGCCAGAGUGGUGGUUUAAGUGGCCCAAAUUCUUUUAAUCCCAUUUCAGCAAGUCCAAAUGGUUUUAGUCCCAUUCCUUUUAAUUCGCAGUCAAGUGGUCCCAAUGCUUUUAAUCCCUCUCCUUUCAAUUCGCAGCCAAGUCAGCCGCAUUCGUUUAGUCCCAAUGCUUUUAAUCCACAGUCAAGUGGUCCCAAUGGUUUUAAUCCCUCUCCUUUCAAUUCGCAGCCAAGUCAGCCGCAUUCGUUUAGUCCCAAUGCUUUUAAUCCACAGUCAAGUGGUCCCAAUGGUUUUAAUCCCUCUCCUUUCAAUUCGCAGCCAAGUCAGCCGAAUUCGUUUAGUCCCAAUGCUUUUAAUCCACAGUCAAGUGGUCCCAAUGGUUUUAAUCCCUCUCCUUUCGGUUCGCAGCCAAGUCAGCCGCAUUCGUUUAGUCCCAAUGCUUUUAAUCCACAGUCAAGUGGUCCCAAUGGUUUUAAUCCCUCUCCUUUCAAUUCGCAGCCAAGUCAGCCGAAUUCGUUUAGUCCCAAUGCUUUUAAUCCCUCUCCUUUCAAUUCGCAGCCAAGUCAGCCGAAUUCGUUUAGUCCCAAAGCGCUUGAUCUUAAUAAGAAUAUUUCCAAUGCCUUAGAUGGUCCAAGUUUCAGUGGUGGUCAUAGUGAAAAGGAAGCUAAUGUGAACGUGGGCAAGGCUCUGAUACAGCCACUGGUAGAGACCUAAUUGGUGAUACAAAUUUGAUAUUACCUUUGAAUGCGAAUGUAAUUGUUUAAAUAUUAAAUCAAUUUAAGUCACCAA